UCCUCACCACGAGCUCUCCCUGACCACAGAGCGAGUAGUGAAGAUCCCCUCGUUUGUCGCUAGCAGACAGAUAGAGGGGUAAAGGCAGCUGGUGCCUACUUCAUAUUUCUUAGUUAAUUUCACUCUGACGACUGAAUAUUUUGCUCUCUCGUCAACAUAAUGUUGACGGACAACCAGCAUUAGAAGUGUUCUCGGCAGACGUUCGAAGACCUCGCAGUAUUCAUUCUUGACGGACCACAUCGCUGCUUGACUCCUUUUUAACAUUCUACAAUUAAAAACCCACGCUUUAAUCUCCUGCAGCUUGCCUUUUUGACUACUCCACGGGCCAGUGGGAACUACAGCGCAUCUUUAGGGUUGGCAGCGAGUUGACUCUAAGUUCUAUUACCAGGAGUUUACAAUGACAGCCACCAAGGAACCGCAGCCGAAUCAGAGACAGAAGCCACCGCCGAAGGAUGAUGAGGAGGACCUUGGUGCUGGAGCUCCAUCGGAGAGGAACUGGAAAGGGAUUGCUAUCGCCCUGCUGGUUAUUCUUGGUGUCUGCUCUCUCAUUACCAUGUCUGUCAUCCUCCUCACUCCAGCGGACAGCCAAGCUGGGAGUGAUACCAAACUCACUGUGGAAGAUCUUUUCAAGCCGGAGUUUGUGGUCCAUGAUCCAGAGGCCAAAUGGAUCAAUGACUCAGAAGUAAUCUACCGGAAUCGUGAUGGCCACGUCAUAAAGUUUAACAUCCUCACCAAUGAGACGGAUAUCGUAUUGACAAACACAACGUUUGUCAAUUUCAAUGUUGCAAAGUAUGCUGUUUCCCCAGACUUGAAAUAUGUGCUCUUUGCUUAUGAUGUUAAACCGGUUUACCGGCAUUCAUACAUGGCCUCAUAUAGCAUUUACAACAUCCACACAAGGGAGGUAUGGGAGCUGGACCCUCCAGAAGUGCUGAACUCUGUUCUGCAGUACGCGGCAUGGGGAGUUCAGGGCCAACAACUGAUCUACAUAUUUGAAAACAAUAUUUACUACCAAUCAGAUGUGAAGAGCAACUCGCUCAGACUGACAUCGUCUGGAAAGGACGGGGUCAUCUUCAAUGGGAUAGCUGACUGGCUGUAUGAGGAGGAGAUUCUUCAAUCCCAUGUGACCCACUGGUGGUCCCCGGAUGGAGAGAGGUUGGCCUUCCUGGUCCUCAAUAAUACAUUGGUUCCCAGUAUGGCCAUUCCUCGCUUCACUGGGGCCUCAUACCCCAAGGGAAGGCAGUACCCUUAUCCUAAAGCAGGCCAACCCAACCCCACAGUGAAGUUGUACAUGGUGAAUCUGUAUGGGCCAACACACACACAGGAGCUGACACCGCCUGAUAGCUUGAAACUAAGGGAGCACUAUGUAACCAUGGUGAAGUGGAUCAGUAAAACCAAGACGACAGUCAGGUGGAUGAACCGUGCUCAGAAUGUGUCCAUCUUGACUGUGUGUGACACCACCACGGGGGCAUGCGUUAAGAGGCAUGAGGAGACCUCAGACCUCUGGCUUUCAAAGCAGAACCAGGAACCCGUAUUCUCCAGGGACGGCAGCAGAUUCUUCCUUACGGUGCCCGUCAAGCAGGGAGGGCGUGGAGAGUUCCAUCACAUUGCCAUGUUCACCACACAGUUCAGAGCAGAUCAAAAUGAAGUUCGCCAUCUAACAUCAGGGAACUGGGAAGUAACUAAGAUUCUGGCCUAUGAUGAGAACAUCGACAUCAUAUAUUUUCUCAGCACUGAAGGCUCACCACGAAGAAGACAGCUUUUCAGUGUGAAGACAGUGGGGUUGUUCCCUCGACGCUGUCUGACAUGUGAGCUUAAUAAGGCCCACUGUCUGUUCUUCAAUGCUGAAAUAAGCCCCAGUAAUCAGAACAUCAUCCUGCACUGUAAAGGUCCCGGAGUGCCCACUGUGAUCUUACACAGCCUCAAUAAUGCCAAUUACUACAUUCUUGAGAACAACUCUUUACUUAAGGCUGCUUUGAAGGUCAAGAGGAUUCAGAUGACAGACUUCAGAUCCAUUCAGAUGGAACAUUUUGAUCUGCCUUUAAAGAUCUCCUACCCACCAGACUUUUCUGAGUCGCGUCACUACGGCCUGCUUUUGGUUGUCGAUGGCUCCCCUGGUGGCCAAGCAGUGAGUGACCGUUUUGUCCUGGACUGGGACUCGGUUCUGGUCAGCUCAGAUAACAUCAUUGUGGCUCGUCUGGACGGCAGGGGGAGUGGUUUCCUAGGCCAGAGGGUUCUACAUGAGGUCCACCAGCGUUUAGGAACAGUGGAGGUUCAGGACCAGGUCGCAGCAGUAGAGUACAUGUUGACAUUCCCAUACAUUGAUCGAACACGAAUAGGAGUAUUUGGGAGGGGUUACGGGGCCUACAUUACCUUAAUGAUGCUCAAAUCAACUGACAGCUUGUUCAAAUGUUCAGUAGCAAUGUCCCCAGUCACAGACUGGAAAUUAUAUGCAUCAGCGUUUUCUGAGAGGUACCUUGGCAUGCCAUUAAGGGACGACAGCAGAUAUCAGUUCUCCAGUGUAUUGCAGAACGUCCAGCCACUGAGGGAACAGAAUCUGAUGCUUGUCCACGGCACAGCAGAUGCCAAUGUUCACUUUCAACACACUGCUGAGCUCAUCAAGAACCUUGUAAAAGUUGGAGCAAACUACACAAUGCAGAUCUAUCCAGAUGAGGGACAUUUCCUUUCCCAGCGAAGCCGGCAGCACCUCUUCGUCUCGCUCACCAGCUUCUACAGGGAGUGUCUCAAGGAAGAGAUCUUACCACUGCCUGAGGAGGAGGAGGAGGAAGAAGAAUAGGACUAGAAUGUGGUGGGGACCUUUGGCAGGAAUUUGGCAGGACUUCACUGUAGGAGUUUGCUGAAGCCCACAUGAAAAAGCUCUGGGUGUUUUGGACCAAGUGUUAGGGCAGCAGUGGACAGUGAGAUUUGCUGAUGCUUUGUGUGUGUGUGUGUGUGUGUGUGUGUGUGUGUGUGUGUGUUUGAGUGCACAUUUGAUUGUUUUUAUUUGUCUGGGAGAGUUUGAUAGUGUUUGUGCGCGUCUGCAUAUGUAUGUAUGCGUGUGCAUGUGUUUGCAGUCAGAGGACCCAUGUUCACCUGUCAAAAACAUCGGACAUUGGGAAUGUCGAAACUACAUGAGGGAACUCCCACGUAUCCAAAAUGGCACUUCAAUCCACCUCUUUGACGAUUCCUCUCUCAGCAAAGCACAUAUUAGACUGCAUCAAUCUCCAGCGGGGACCAUCAGUGUUGCGACAUCCACACCUACAGUGCAUGGUUCUUUUUCCCCUUCCAACUUCACUCGUUUUACCACGUAAGACUUCCUUUGUGGUAGCCGUUGGGAGGAGACACAAACAGAUGAUGUAACCUUUUCAAAUUCACCCCCUCUUAAUUUCCUGGUCACAAGGAGAUAUUCCACUGCUCUUCAGAGACAGAUACUGCUAGCAAUGCAAGUUCACAAUAACUGUGAUGUCAUCCACAAGCGUGAAAUUCCUGCUGAAUACUCUAUCCGUGUCGUCCCCCACUAGACAGAGGAUUCCUUUGGGGCACAAAAAAAGUUAUAAUGUAGACAUGUCCAAUGCCUUAUGAAGUACUGCAUAAGACUGUAAACACUGUCUGACAUUCAUAGCCAUUCAGUUUUAGCAGCUUCACAACAACCUGUGUCAGCCCAGUUCUUUGAGUGACGUAGUAUAGUGUCAGAGUUCAUUAAUAUCAGUUCUAAUGUCAGAACAGAAAGCCAGUUACACUUUCCCUGAGUAGUGAGUCAAAAAGGCUGUGUAAGGACAUUAUGUAGAGCUAAGUAAGGUAUUUGCAUGUCUACAAGAGACAACUAAAGUUUUGUCGCAUUUUGUACAGUUCAAUACAGCAGAGUGUGUACAUACAUAUAUUUUUGAGAUAUGUCAGAUCUCAUGAAUAGGUAAGUCUGUGGAAUGGAAUGAUUUGACCUAUAUGUCUUGUACAUUUUCUGGUUUUAUUUCAUUUCAGUCAAUUUUUCUUCUUAGGAUGGAUUUUGUAACUCUUGUUCUUGUUCAUUUUGUUGUUUUUAGGGGGGGUUGGUGAGGAUAGGGUGUUGGGUUAUUUUGAUUGUCCACCAGGGAUGAUUAUGAAUAAAAAACACUAAAAUACUAAUAUAUUCCGGAGCACACUCCACCCAAGAUCUGUUAAAGUGAUGCUGUCUAGCAUUUGUAUAAUUUUAGCCAGUUGUUUUCAUAGUGGUCACCAGCCAAAACGGGUCCCCACAAAUUGUGCACAAUUGCAUACAACUUCAUCCAUUUUGUAUUAUAUGUUACGUCCUCCAAAAGGUAUUUCGUUUUUUUUCAUGCAAUUUGGAUUAUAUAUACCAAAUUUAAAUGUGUAUAAUACCAAUCUGGAAGUGCAGAUCAAUCUCUCUGACCGUUACUGGACAUGACUGGUCCUAGAGAGCUUCUGAAAAUAGGCAUUUGUUCCAAACUAGCUCAAACAUAUGUAAAUGAGUUGUGGUGUCUAUAAUUUGGUUCUUCUAUACUUUUUAGGACAAAAGUCUGACAGGUUGUUUUAGGACAAAAGUCUGACAGGUUUAGACAUUAUGCCACUCCUCAUGAGUGCUAAUUCCAGUGCUGCCAUAGCUGGGUCAGCCUGAUAGCAGCCCCUCGUCACGCCUGAACAGCCUCUGUUAUCAGUGCACACCUGCUGAUCAGAGUCCUGUGUAGCUCAGUUGAUAGAGCACGACACUUGCAAUGCCAGGCUUUUGGGUUUGAUUCCCACCAGGGGCCAGCAUGAAAAUGUAUGCACUCACUAAUGUAGGUCUCUCUGGAUAAAUCUGUUAAAUGACUAAAACGUGAUGUAAAACAUGUACUGAUAUUCAGGAGAGGGCUGGCUUCACAGGCUCACGGCACCCGGUCUUCAAAUGGAAGGCCUAUAUAAGGCAAAGCAGCUAGCGACGUACUGCUCUGUGUCAGUGGUCAUGGGCAACCUCCAAAAUUGAAGGUGUUGUCUGUACCCCUAGGUGUCCUUACAUACAGAGACUGUAAAAGUAUUUGAAGUCCUUUUUGAAUUGUAAAUUUGAUUUGUGGGCUCAAAUAAAGUAUUUAAAUUUGUGUGUGAGAGCAAGUGACACCAACUGGUGGUAGUCUCCUAAAUAGAUGAUAAAAGACUAAAAGAAAAUAUUUAAUUAAAUAGGAGACAGAUGUACAGAAAACACUUUGUUUGCACACACUUUAGGCACACACACCGAAGUAGCAAUAAUGAACUAGUAGUAGUGUAAAUGGUUUCUGUAAAUGAAGACUGAGAUUCCAAGCGUGAGUUGAAUGUGUAGUAGUGUUAAAAGAAGGUUAAUGAAUAGUCACAGCAAGUGAUUCCACACGAAACCGAGUCCCAAAAUAAAACUAUUUGUUGAAUUUAAUACAUAAAAUUGUCCUUUGGAUAUACAAAAUGUCAACUUCUAGUUCAGUUUAUUAACCACAAGCACAGGAUCGCAGAUGUAUUUACAUGUACAGUGAGAAUCUUGUGCCACGUCUCCAAACAAUACAGUAAAAAAAAAACAUAAUUAUAGUGCCAAGGAAAGUGGGCUGCAAAAAGAGCAUAAUCAUUAAAAAUAAUCUAAUUCUGAAAAGUCUAUGACUGGAUAUACUGUACAAACUGGUAACAGAGUAAUGGAAGGAAUGCACAUGACUACAUUGAUCAACAGUGUUUUAUUAUCUGUUCAUAAUCACAAGGUUAUGCAGAGCUGGUUGGGUUAAUGGGGGAUGGGGAGUGGUAUUGUCCGUGGGGUUCGCUGAAGAAACGUUUGCACAGUCUGACUCUUCUGAACAGAAUACUCCGUUACUGGCCACAUGUGGUGGAUCUGAGUUGUCGGAACUGUUCCUGGCCAGGGUGUCAGGCAUCUUUUCUGUGACACCUGGUGCUGUAGGUGCCCUGCAUCAUUCUUUGCAAAGCCUUGCGGUCAGCCUCCUUUGAGUUGUCGUACCAGACUGUAAUGCAACACGUCAAUUACAUUUUUGACAUAUCAAAAAGCAUAAUGCAAAACAUUUUGAAUGAAAUGUUGGCUUUACACGAGCCAUCUUUAAGACUGAAGUUGGUGUCAUUUGAAGCUUUACUGGUUGUUCUGCAAUACAAGUAUUUUUAUUGCAAUAACAUUUGUUUUAAAAUAACUAAAAUAUUGAUGAACAGUGUUGAAAUUGAUAAAUGUUUUAACAUAUUUAAUAUAAUAUACUCCACAGUCAUAUCAGAGUUGGAUCUCUGCUACUUUAAGAGUUACCGUUAAACUUGUAAGCAUUAAAAACAGAGUGAAAAGCAAUAGACAUUUUGGAGAAUGAUCUUAAAACCCAUGAUUUUAGCAGUGCUUUGACUUAGAAAACUAGUAUCCAUUUAUUUGAUUCUGUCUAAAUGACCUACAGUGAGGAGAACAAGUAUUUUAAUACACAAGUAUUUUAAUACACUAUUGUCCUGUAGCCCAUCCCAGCCUUGUGCAGGUCUACAAAUUUAUCCCUGAUUUCCUUACAUAGCUCUUUG